UAAUAGCGUUAUCAUCGUUUCAUUGACUACAUAGACACGUAGAGUUUAUAAAAAAAGUCAGGUAAAAAGUUUAUAAAUCAGCCUUUUAAUACGAAGAAAAAAUCGUGACAAAUAAUCUAGUGACAGUAAAAUGUCAGAAACUGUCAGAAAUGCACUAAAAUAAUUGUAAGCACGAAGAAUACACGGUUGUGGUUACACAUUACACUUAAAUAGGUCAUAAAAUGGAACAUGGUGGAAAAGAGGUGAACGCUGAAGAACUACAGAGUACGGAAUCAAAAAAAAGUGUAACCACUUCCAAUGUGUAUUCAACGGAUUUCACGGAUUACAGCUCAGAUAAAAACAAUUCAUCUGGCAAAGAAACCUAUGUUAUAGACUGGGAUGAUAGCGAGGACAGUGAAGCAUCUUGUCAAUUUAAUUCAGAACAAAGCAAUAAUUUGCAAGAUGAUAAUUGUAUAGACAACAACGAGGAAAUUAUAAAAAUAUUCGACAAUGAAAUAGUUAAAGCACAUCAAAAGUUUAGUAAUAAAGUAUCAAUGACUUCUCAAAUAUGUACAGUUAUUGGACAAGAAACAUUUACACAGACUAGCAAAACUAUCAUUGAACUUGCAGAGUCCGAAGGUGUUAUUGUAAAGUCAGUAGAUCUAAACACGUUACAAACUCAAACGUCCUACAUUUCUGUUACUGAGAAUAAGAGAAUAGAAUACAAGAUUCACAAUUCAAACAUGCUCGAGUAUAAAGACGUUCAGUGCGAUGUUAAUAAUAGCAAUGAAAUUUGGCCAAUUUUAAGUAAUAGCUUUGAAGAUAAAUCAUCGAAAUGUUUCGAACCUGAAUCUGAUAUAGAGAAAGUUGAAAAUGACAACAAUGAAAUGGAUGAUACAGAAAAUAUAACAAAUAUAAACGAAGAGUUGGACAACUCUUAUAAAUGUAUUGAAGAUGUCGACAAAUCAAUAUCCACUUGUUCUGAUAUUGAUGACGAUUCACUAAUGGAGUACGAUAAUAACAACAAAAAAGAAAACAGUUUCAGUAGUAAGGACAAUGAUGAAUGUUUUUCACCAAAAUCAAUAAGUAAAGAAAUAGAAGAUUUAUACAUCAACGUAUCUAAACGUUUUGAAGUAUUUUCUGAUAAACAUAAUGUGGAGACACAAUCACAAAAUCCAUGGGCCAGAGUACUAACUCCUCUAACAGAAGAAUCUGCAGCAAAUAAGGAAAGUAUUAUAGACAUGACUCCUUGCUUGGACGUUGUAGCUGAUAAGAAAAAGCAUAACAACGUAGAAUUUUACAAACAAAAUAAAGAACAUGACUAUUCAACGUCAGAAGGGGAUGAUGCUUUGGACACAAAGGAACCGUUUAAAUUGCCUCCUAUUGAAAACAAUAAAGCUACUAAUUUAUGUUUUUUACUAUCUGCACAACAUGGAAGGAAGAAAAACAUAACAUCUGAUUAUAGUACUGUCAAGUCAGAAUGUAAUUCUAAUAAUUUGGCAGCUGGUGAAAGUUCAAUUGUAAAUGAAACUCAACGUCUUCCUAACCAACCGAUACAAUUGCCGCCAAUAAAUUCUGAACCUGGUAUCUAUAGUAUAUAUAACAACAAUGGCUCCUACUCGUCCUGUUCUUCGAGGAUUAGCGUGUCCAAACCAGAAUCCACGUGCGACUCCAUAAGUAUCCAGGAUAAGAUUAGAGAACUAAAGAUGAUUGACAGGAGAAUGAGAAUCAGUGAAAGCAUAUCGCCUUUGUCUGCGUCCAUUCCCGAAUGCGGCAAGUCGAAUGAUACGUCUUAUAAAGGCUGCGAACUCUUGUGUGCUGAAUUGAUGAGGAAGCUAAAGUCAUCAUCGUGGUGCGAAGUUGUCGACACUUUGGAAGAAAUACCCAAAGCGAUGGAGAAAUUCUGGAAUGUUAUCACUGAACUUCGGAUAGCCGAUUUUAUAAGACAGGUGACGGUGCACGUGGACUCGCCGCGGUCGCAGGUGGCGCGCACCGCUUGCCUUACCCUCGCGUGCAUUCUUAAGAAUACAAACUAUACUAGGAAACCGGACUACUACGAGGCAGUGACAGCACUGUUGGUGAAGACCGGUUGCUUCAGCCGGCCAGUGCGGCGCGCGGCCAACAUGGCACUUGAUGAGAUUGUAUGUGCGGUCGACUUUACGCAGACCGUCACUGCUCUAUGUGUACAUGGCGUCGGCCAUAAGAGUCCGUUGGUGCGUUGCGCGGCGGCGCGGCUGCUAGUGGUUUGCUGCGCGGUGUCGGGUGGUGGGCGAGGGCUGCUGCGUGGCCGGCCCGCUUCAGCUGCUGCAGCACGCCGCUCGGCGCUCAGGGCACUCGCUGAACUGCUCCAGGAUAAGGCUACUGAUGCCAGGAAAUACGCCGAACGUCUCUACUCAAUGCUGCGGCCGUUAUCCAACUUUGAGGCCUAUUUCCUCACAGAUGUUGACGUAGAACUGGCCUCAAAACAAAUGAAGAAGUACGAUAAAUUACUUACAACUGGCAGUCAAGAUAGAUGAUUAAAUAGUCAUUGCUUAAAAAGAGGUUAUAUUCAAUUGUCGCGUUAUAUGAACGAUCUAACUUCUUUGCUAUCGCUGAUUAAGAUGGAUGGCAAUAUUGUAAUACAUGUACUAAAAGGUCAUUGAAUACUAGAAUUAGUGGUGGCGAAUACAUUAUAUUUAUGUUGUUGCAUUGUACCAUUAUGACAUAUACAUAUGUAGGAAACUUUACGUGUGUAAAUUUUAAAACAUUUAAUGGAUGUAAACCAAAAUUGUGAUUCUAAUUUUAAAAUUUGAGUUGCUUAUGUUCCAGCAUUACG